AUGCCCUUCCAGCAGUGCGAUCUCCGUCAAGCCGCGUGGAUGUCGGAUGCUAAAGCAGCUCCGGUCAGCGUGGGCUCCUCGCCCUGGAAGCCCUACGAGGGCUGCCGCCCCGGGUGCCCUUUGCUGAACUUGCUCCCUGGGGCAAAGCUGGCGGACCCCGUUGCCGAGCUCUGGUGGGCCGCGCGCUGGCGUGCCGCCUGGCCUCUUCACCGCCGUGUGCCUGGGACUCGCUGGACCUUCGGAGAGGCGAUGUUCCUGCCCGUCAUCGUUGGUGCUGCUACCAUGUUCGGUGCCAGGAUGUGGGGCGACGUGGAGAGGAGCGGAUACCCAGCCACAUUCCUAGGAGCCUUGACCUAUGCGACGGCCUGCCGCAACUCGAUCCUGACACUGCUGACUGGGGUUCCCUUCGAGCGGGCCCUCUUCUACCACAAGUGCAUCGCGGUCGUGGCAAUCUUUGCGGCCUGCUACCAUUCCUAUGUUGCGCUCAGCUUUCCAGUAGAGGUGGGCCAUGCGGCCAUUGGCACAGAGCAGUUCACAUUGACUGUGCUGGGUGAAGGCAGGAACUUCAGCGGUGUCCUGAUGGUCGCAUGUUGGGUAUCUGCGACUCUGGUGGCGUUGGUCUGGAUCAGGCGCUACCUUUUCGAGGUCUUCAACCGCUUGCACAUCGUCGCGGCCAUCGUCGGCUUGGUCUUUGCGGCUCAACACGGUGCCACGACCACUUUGGCGGGUGGAGGUUUGUGGGUCUUGGACAAGAUCCUCUCUCUUCUCAGCUCGCUGGGGAGGGUGAACCGGGCUCAGACCCAGAAGGCGCUCGCUCGCGUGCUUCCCUCGGAGGUGGUGGAGAUCUCCUUCCCAAGGGGCGGCUUCAGGUACAAAGGCGGCCAGUGGUGCAACGUGUGGCUCCCCGGCUUGGGGCUGCAGUGGCACCCCUUCAGUCUGAGCUCCAGCCCGCAGGACGAGGAGGUGACCUUCCACAUCCGUGCCCUAGGAGGCUGGACAACGAGUCUUGUCCGCAGCCUGAAAGAGACGGAAGUCAGCGGCUCCAAAGUGCCUCUUCCGAUCUACGUCGACGGCCCCUUUGGUUCCGUGGGCCUGGACAUUGAUGGGCCCGCCUACAAGUCCUUCCUGCUUGUUGCUGGUGGCAUUGGCGUCACCCCCUUGCGGAGCAUCUGGGGCGAGUUGCUAGACCAGGGUGCUCGCGGCCGCACUCUCAACAAGCUUCACCUCCUGUGGUCCGUCUCAGAUUCCGCGAUGCUGGAGGGGCUGAGCGUCAGAGGGCCAAAGGCCGGCGAGAUGCCAUUGGAUGCCAAGGUGGAGAUCUUCCUAACGCGAGAAGCAGCCCUCGAAGACCCACGGCGAGUGGCGAUCGGCGAGCAGGUGAUGCAGCAGGUGGUUCUCGGGAAACGGCCCGAUUUCAACGCAUCUUUCGAUGAGAUGCGACAGCACUGUGAGAAGGCCUCGGAGAAGCGCGUGGCUGUGCUUGUUUGUGGCCCCAGCAGUCUGGUGGAGGCCACACAGCAGGCAUGUCUAAAGCACUCUCACAGUGGCAUCUCUUUCGACUUCCAUUCUGAGAUUUUUGAGUUUUGA